AAUACAGACGGCUGAACCUUGCUUUCAAGGCCUUCAUAAAGCACUGGAGAUGACAAACACGGUCCGAUACAAAGGGUCGGGUUCAGGACUCCAACCAUUAUUAUCAAAGAGCCACGGGAAUACAAAGGAAGGAUUACUAGGGGGGAAGUUCCAGGAGGGCAUCACAAAGAGACCUCUGAGCUGGAUCCAGAAGGACAGAUGAGUUUAAGCUGAAAGUGGGGACGGUCGUUCCCGCUGGUGGGAACCGAAGGAGCCGAGGUAGCGCUGAGGCGGAGACCAGGUGGCACCCGCGGCGCUGCAAGGACACACAAGCUGUUGCGAGGGGGUCAACUCUCCGGGCCUUGGCUUAGAAACCUGGGACGAUUACACCCUAAAAGCGCUUGGAAAAACUGCAGAACUCGUGCUGCUUUUCGCCAAAGCUACUCCCCCGCCGUGAGGGCAGGAAGCCCUGCGAGGCGCCUGCGAGGACGCAAACGCCGCGAAGCAAGUCCUCCACGCCUCCAUCCCAGCUUUAGUGAAGUGUAGACUCUGACCCACAGCCGAAAGGAAAGAAAGACCGGAGUCGGGGAGGGCCCCUCCAGGAGCGGGCUCAGCGGGAGUCUGGCCGAACUGCUUGCCGCCACAGUGGUUCCGCGGCCUCGCGCUGAGCGCCAUCCGCCGUCUCCCACCGCGGCCCCCACCGCCCCUCCGCAAGGCUCGGCACCUCCCGCCACCUCCUCGGUCGCUGCGGCGGCUCCGGCUCCUCACAGCCGCUAAACCCAGGCCUAUUCUGCGUUAGGUCGGGCCUCCUCGGCCCUCUUCGCCGUGACGAAUCAGCGCCCGGCUGGGAAAGUAUCAAAAUUCGAGGAGUUUUGAGGAUCCGAUGGGUCCUGAAAAAAAUCCCUGAGUGUGCUAAAUAUCACCGCAUCUUCACUAGAAGGUUAUUUUUUCUAAAGAGGGUCGGGUGGGGCCCGGAAAAAAAAAAAUUAAGAAGAGUGUGGAAAGUGCGAGUGCGGAAGCUCCGGACGCGAGGGGCGGGGCGUGCGCGGGACAAAGGGAAGCGAAGCCGGAGCUGCGGGCGCUUUUUCUGCCCGCGGUGUCUCAGAUUCAUUCUUAAGGAACUGAGAACUUAAUCUUCCAAAAUGUCAAAAAGACCAUCUUAUGCCCCACCUCCCACCCCAGCUCCUGCAACACAAAUGCCCAGCACACCAGGGUUUGUGGGAUACAAUCCAUACAGUCAUCUCGCCUACAACAACUACAGGCUGGGAGGGAACCCGGGCACCAACAGCCGGGUCACGGCAUCCUCUGGUAUCACGAUUCCAAAACCCCCAAAGCCACCAGAUAAGCCGCUGAUGCCCUACAUGAGGUACAGCAGAAAGGUCUGGGACCAAGUAAAGGCUUCCAACCCUGACCUAAAGUUGUGGGAGAUUGGCAAGAUUAUUGGUGGCAUGUGGCGAGAUCUCACUGAUGAAGAAAAACAAGAAUAUUUAAACGAAUACGAAGCAGAAAAGAUAGAGUACAAUGAAUCUAUGAAGGCCUAUCAUAAUUCCCCCGCGUACCUUGCUUACAUAAAUGCAAAAAGUCGUGCAGAAGCUGCUUUAGAGGAAGAAAGUCGACAGAGACAAUCUCGCAUGGAGAAAGGAGAACCGUACAUGAGCAUUCAGCCUGCUGAAGAUCCAGAUGAUUAUGAUGAUGGCUUUUCAAUGAAGCAUACAGCCACCGCCCGUUUCCAGAGAAACCACCGCCUCAUCAGUGAAAUUCUUAGUGAGAGUGUGGUGCCAGACGUUCGGUCAGUUGUCACAACAGCUAGAAUGCAGGUCCUCAAACGGCAGGUCCAGUCCUUAAUGGUUCAUCAGCGAAAACUAGAAGCUGAACUUCUUCAAAUAGAGGAACGACACCAGGAGAAGAAGAGGAAAUUCCUGGAAAGCACAGAUUCAUUUAACAAUGAACUUAAAAGGUUGUGCGGUCUGAAAGUAGAAGUGGAUAUGGAGAAAAUUGCAGCUGAGAUUGCACAGGCAGAGGAACAGGCCCGCAAAAGGCAGGAGGAAAGGGAGAAGGAGGCCGCAGAGCAGGCUGAGCGCAGUCAGAGCAGCAUCGUUCCUGAGGAAGAACAAGCAGCCAACAAAGGCGAGGAGAAGAAAGACGACGAGAACAUUCCGAUGGAGACAGAAAAAAAUUGCCAGCUCUGUCCUAGAAAAACCCCUUACUUCUAGGUAUACUGAUUUUCCUGAUUAAAAGCAUCCCUCAAGAGGAGACACACCUUGAAGAAACAACAGAGAGCCAACAGAAUGGUGAAGAAGGCACGUCUACUCCUGAGGACAAGGAGAGUGGGCAGGAGGGGGUCGACAGUAUGGCAGAGGAAGGAACCAGUGAUAGUAACACUGGCUCGGAGAGCAACAGUGCAACAGUGGAGGAGCCACCAACAGAUCCCAUACCAGAAGAUGAGAAAAAAGAAUAAGUGUUGCCUUGUUUUGUGUGUUCUAAAUACUUUUUUAAAUGAAAAAAUGUUUUUUGGUUUUAA